ACAUUUGUCAAGUAUGUUUAUCAACGUUUGCGUUGGUAUGUAAUUCAGUUGUUAUCUUAGGUGCAAUGUGUAAAACGCGUAAACAUGUGAUUGCAACUGUCUCUACCUGUUACUACCUACACAUUAGUGUGAAAUGAGACAACGCCGAUCACAAUUACUACCCAUGACAGGCUCGAAUGCAGAGGAAGCCGGUGGAAGAGAAACUGUUGAUUCUUCAUCAAUCAGUUUGUCUUCCAAAGGCAAAGACUCCAUUCACGAAAUACCCACGUAUUUUGCAUUUGCCAUCCUUGCGUUAUUGGGUAUGUUAUAUGGAGGUGUUUUUUUACUGGAUAAAUCACUUCCAAGUGCUUACAAGAUAUCAGAUGAAAAUGAGUAUCCAGAUGCAUUUAUAGCUGAAAGAGCGCAAAACAUUCUUAAAGGAUUAACUGACAUUGGACCCAAAGUAGUUGGCAGCAAACAAAAUGAGAUUGAAGCAGUUAAUUAUCUAAGUACAACUAUAGAUAAUAUUAUAAAUGAUGCCGAUGAUAGUUACACUAUCACAAAAGAUAUACAAGUGACAAGUGGUGCUUAUUAUCUUGGUUUUGUACCUAAUGGUUUGAUUAAUUCCUAUGCAAAUGUACAGAAUAUUGUGGUAAAGGUUGAUGGAAAGAAUACUGAAGAGAGUAUUUUAAUUAAUGCUCACUUUGAUUCAGUUCCUACAAGUCCAGGUGCUUGUGAUGAUGGCAUUAUGGUUUCUGUAAUGUUGGAAACUUUACGAAAAUUAACACAAACUAAACGUGAAUAUGAACGGAAUAUCAUUUUUCUAUUCAAUGGCGCUGAAGAAUCACCACUGCAGGCUGCACACGGGUUCAUUACGCAGCAUAAAUGGGCGAAAACUUGUAAAAUUAUCAUUAAUUUAGAAGCUUCCGGACAUGGCGGACGCGCCAUUAUGUUUCAAUCUGGCCCCAAGGGUUCUUCAUAUUUAUUGUCUCAUUAUUUAUCUGUACCGUAUCCAUAUGCGCAGGCUGCAGGCGAGGAGAUAUUUCAGAGUAAUGUAAUACCAUCUGACACGGAUUUUCGAUUAUUUAGAGAUUUCGGUGGAUUAUCAGGAUAUGACAUGGCGUUUGCACAAAAUGGCUACCGGUAUCAUACAAAGUAUGAUAACUUUAAAGAUCUACCUCUGGGAUCGUUUCAACAUGCUGGUAGUAAUUUAUUGGCUUUAGUAAAGAGUCUAGCGGAAGAUUCAGACACUAUUGCUACGGAUGAUGAUAAAAUGGUGUAUUUUGAUGUUUUUAACUGGUUUUUGAUCAGUUAUUCGAUGCUUGCUGCAUAUAUUGUGAAUUUAUUUGUGUGUUUAGCAUCACUUGUGGUCGCUAUUUUGUCUGCAAGAAAUUUACAGCUUGGGGUAAACAAAUCAAGUUUUUUAUACUUAUUUCUGACAACGUUGGCAAUUUUGGGUAGUUGGGUAAUUGCAGGAGGACUUGCACUACUUAUUGCUCUUUUAAUUGAUGCUACUAAAAAUACAAUGACUUGGUAUGGAUCACCAAUCAUUGUCUUUGGUUUGUAUGUUGCACCAAUUAUUGGUGCGUUUACUGGUGUCAUGUGGAUUUUUAAUCAUUUUGGGCCACAUAAAGGUAAAAGUUUGGGUACUCAAAGUCAGAUACAAAUGCACAUGAAUAGAUUAAUCUGGACUUUUGUGCUUUUUAUUGCGACUUUGUUGAAAAUUCGAAGUGUUUACGUAAUUAUGCUGCCUGUUUUGUUCAAUACUCUUGCAAGUGUUAUUAUUUUACUUCUAAAAUGGCAACAUACAGCUAGAAAAUGGCAAAUAACUGCUUUUAUCUUUACCAUUCUGCCUGCAAUCAUGUCGAUGUACGUUGCUGUUGAGAUUUAUUCACUCUUCAUUCCAAUAACUGGGCGAAUCGGAGCAAAUCGUAAUCCUGAAAUGAUUGUUGGUUUACUGACUGUGUUAGUUUUACUUUUAAUUGUUUCUCAUUAUUUAACAUUUAGUGUGCUAGUCAAGAGGCAAUAUAUGUUGCCGAUUAUUAUGUUUGCUGGGUUUUUAAUAACUUUUAUUGUUGCGGUGUCAAAUGGCGCUUUUCCAUAUAGUGGUGAUCGGGAAUCACCCACUCCGCAGAGAUUUACGAUUUAUCACACCAAUCGCAUUCAUCACGAUGCUUCUGGUGGAAUUGAAGAACAAUCAGGUAUUUUUAUGUUGAACAACGAUCGCAAUUCGCCCGACAGCGUAAAAUAUGAACUGGAUCUAAAUGAUAAUUAUAAUAUUUCUCAAGAUUGUGAGAAAUAUCCAGCAUGUGGCAUGCCUAUUUCUUCUGCACGUAUGAUACAAACUGUUGAAGUAAGCACAUGGAAACCUUUCACGAAAGCAGUCAUCAAUGAAAGAAUUUCAAUGACCUACACAACAAAAACUCUUAGUACAAAUGUAAAACAGUAUAGUUUUACAGUUGAAGGCCCUGAUCAUUUGAAUGUCUUCAUUCGGCCUAUAACAGGCACAACAAUCUUAAAAACCAGCUUGCAUGACAUUGCAACCGAUGAAUUAAUAUUCAUCAAUCAUGUUUAUGGUAAAAUUAAAACGAAUUUAGAGUUUACCAUGGACAUACAAGCAGAUAAUAUCAACAAACCCUUGAUGGACUUUGUUGUUUCUGGUAAAUAUUACCAUCUAAAAGGGCAGGAAACAAUUACAAAAGAGUUUGAUGAGUUUAUUAAGAAAUUUCCUGACUGGGCAGAUGUAACUCCAUCAUUGGCAAACUACGAAUCGUAUGUGAUAUAGGCAACAUACAUUGCAAGAUGGUUAUGACCAAGUUUAAAACAUAAAGGUUAUGUCAGAAAAUUGGUUGUGUGCAGGCGGUGAGACGUAACGGUAAGAUUUUGAUUUAUUAAAGUAUUAUUUUAUAAAUAUAACAAUUCUAAACAUUCAAUUUA